CUCGCGCCGCAACGCGCACCUCGAGCUUGUCCUCGAAUUCGGCAAGUCGCUCAAUGGCCUCCAACCUCGAGUCCCUCGUCUGCUCCCUCGUACCUGGCGCAAGGCACGACCACCGUCUCAGGGACGAGCUCGUCGCACACUGCAAUGAAAUUGUAAACAGUCAUAUAGGCCAGAGCAACGAGCCGGAUAUCGGUCAUUUAGCUGACUCUAUCAAGCGACAUCUGCUGCGUACAUCUCCGAACGGCGUCCCUGCCUUGAGGUUCUCGAACCUGCUGGCGCGCCUACUUGAGCAGCCGGUCCUCUCUAGGAAACAUGCCUCACUGUCGUUCCUACACGCCCUGGGAACGACCCCAGCGCCGUCGACGCGGAGUCCUGCGGCUUUGCCCGUCUUGACGCUGCCCCCUCAACCUCGUGCUCCGUCGCGACUCAGAGAAACAGCCCCCACUCCGGCACAGUCUUUGCCAGCUGCCGGGAGGCCGAAAGGCAAAUCUAGGGCAGAUACCCUCCGGGAAUACCGAGCAAAGAUAGACCGCCAGCACUUACCGGAGAGUGCACUUCUUCGCGACACGCUAUACUUGCUGCAAGGCAUCUCGGGAAAGCAUGUGCAAUUCGCGUCGAUAAAUGACCCCGAAUCCAAUCAGCUUAUUUUCAAAGACGACUCGCGCCAUAUUAUACCCCCGCCUACAAAGGCAUUAAUUCAUCGCUUGGCUGAAGUCGGCUACCUCUACAUUCGAGUAGACUCGUUCGUUCGGGAACGGGAGGGCAAGGCCGGAAUUGGGAUGAUCGAGCAGAGCCUGUGUCACCAUUUGCAAUCCCAGCUAACCGAGUACUACAGGCUUAUCGCGGUCCUCGAAUCGCAGAUGUCCGCGAACCAGAGUUCCGAGGACAUCGCGGAAGGCGAGGCGGCGCCAAGCGUGCGCGAGGAAGAGACUGGCCUUACGUUGAAACGUCUGGAUGUAUGGAUCCAGGAGUGGCGGUUGCGAAUGCGGAUGAUGAGUGUCUGCGUUGAGGGCGCCCAAAGUUCGCCCGCCUCUCAUGAUCCCCCACGUGCCAUCAUGCUCAUUUCGCUGUACUCCGCAGACACCCACGGUGGGGCUCUGGUGAACCUCAUACACGGCUACACUGACAACGGCGAUCCGUUCGUGCGCAAGUUUACGGACCAGCUGUUGGAAGAGGUGUCGAAACCGUUCUUCGCGACGUUGCACAAAUGGCUGUUCUCUGGCGAGCUGAACGACCCAUUCUCCGAGUUCUUCGUGUCCGUCGACCCGGGGCUUCUAGUUGGCAAUAGGCCUCCAGUUGGCGAACAAAGUGGACCAUCUCUGCCAUGA